AUGGCCAGUUUCAAGGCCUUUACCGACAAGCAUAAUGUCGCACACAAGCUGUACAAGAGCUCAUUGCUCAAUACCGUUUGUCUUGUCGCCGGCCUUUCCAUCUUCUUCUUUGGCUACGACCAAGGUCUGAUGGGCGGCGUGACUACCACGCGGAAUUAUGCCGAGAUCAUGGGCUUUGGACACUGGGACGAAGAACUGGGUAUUGUCGUGGUGGACAAGCCGCUACUCCAGGGCGGCAUUGUUGCGGUCUACUACCUUCCUGGCACUCUUGCAGGCUGUCUGCUCGGUGGAUGGAUGGGUGAUCGCUAUGGACGCAUUGCCACCAUUGGUCUCGCUUGCAUUUGGUGCAUUUUUGCCGCUGCCCUUCAGUCUGCCGCUCAGAAUGCGAAUUGGAUGUUUUGCGCCCGCGUGCUGAACGGCAUCGGCACUGGUAUUCUCAACGCCAUCACCCCCGUAUGGGCCACUGAGACUGCCGCACAUACCUCACGUGGACAAUUCGUUGCUUUUGAGUUUACUCUCAACAUCUUUGGUGUGGUUGUUGCCUACUGGCUCGAAUUUGGCACGUCUAAAUACCAUGACCCAGAAUCGUCUUUCAUCUGGCGCUUUCCCGUCGCCUUCCAAAUUCUCCCGCUUGUUAUUCUUCUGUCCCUGAUUUGGUUUAUGCCCGAGUCGCCACGCUGGCUUGUCAAGGUCGGCCGUGAGGAAGAAGCCCGCUUUAUUCUCGGCCGCCUGCGAGGCAAUGAGGGCGAAGAAGGCAAGGCGGCCGAAGCGGAGCUCCAAGACAUAAUCAACAUCAAGAAUCUUGAAAACGAUACAUCCGAGCAGCAAAGCUACUUUCACAUGUUCUUGGGUAUUGGUUCAGGGAAGCUGCAUACGGGCCGCCGCGUGCAGCUUGUCAUCUGGCUGCAGAUUCUCCAGGAGUGGAUUGGUAUUGCAGGCAUAACCAUUUAUGGCCCUCAAAUCUUUACCAUUGCCGGAAUCGGGGCCUCUGAUCGUCUUUGGGUCAGCGGCAUCAACAAUAUUACAUACAUGUUUGCCACCCUCAUUUGCGUAUUCACUUUGGACCGUAUCGGUCGUCGCUGGACUCUGUACUGGGGCGCUGUUGGUCAAGGCAUCUGCAUGUUUGCGGCUGGGGGUCUUGCCCGGGCCACUAUCAACGCCUCCGACUCGAACCGCGCUCAGAUUGGUGGCGCCGCAACCUUUUUCGUCUUCCUCUAUACCGCAAUUUUUGGUGCUACCUGGCUGACUGUGCCCUGGCUAUAUCCUGCCGAGAUCUUCCCACUCCAGGUGCGCGCCAAGGGCAAUGCCUGGGGUGUCGUCGGCUGGUCUAUUGGCAACGGCUGGUGUGUUCUGCUUUUACCCACCAUCUUUGACAAGCUUAACGAAAAAACGCUGUACAUUUUUGGCGCCGUCAAUGUCCUCUGCAUUGUGGUCGUCUGGGCGCUGUAUCCCGAGUCCAACCAGCGCACGCUCGAAGAGAUGGAUCUUGUUUUUGCCAGCGAUAGCAUCUGGACGUGGGAUGCUGAGCGCAACUUUGCGAAAAUUAAAGCCGAGAACCCAGACCUCAUCAAGAGCCACAGAAACACCCGCGGCGUGGAUGACCCCGAGCGCGGCAUCUUUGGAUCGCGCCGCGCGAGCAGGGUGUCGGCGGUACAGCCCGCGGUGGAGAAGGAGACUACAGUUGAGAAUGUGGAAAACUCGGCACCUGCUCACCACUGA